GCACUUGGCCUGGAAGUACAAAUGCUUCCGGGUGUGGGACCAAAACUCACUCAUCCGUUGAACAGUGUGGAAGAUUUGGAACGUUUAAACUGGAAUGUAGACGUUCGUAAAGAGUUGUCUUAUGUCUACGAAUCCGUCACACUUACCCGGAACGAACUAAAAGGCAAGGUCCCGUUGAUUGGAUUCGUAGGUGCCCCGUGGACUCUGAUGUCCUAUAUGAUCGAGGGUGGGGGUUCACCUACUCAAUCCAAAGCCAAACGUUGGCUGUACACAGAGCCCAAAGCCAGUCAUCGCUUGCUCACGUUAUUGAAAGAUACUUGUGUUAGUCACCUGGUAGAACAGGCUGUUGCUGGAGCACAACUCUUACAAGUGUUUGAAUCCCAUGCCGGUGUUUUGACACCAGCCCUAUUCAAUACAUUCGCCCUACCGUAUCUGAUCGAAAUAGUUAACGGAGUGCGACAACGGCUGAUAAACGAGCAUAAAUGGAAUCCAGAUUCUCUUCCGCCCAUGAUUGUAUUUGCCAAAGAUGGUCAUUUCGCACUCCAGUCACUGAUCGACAGCGGGUACGAUGUGAUAAGUCUCGACUGGACUGUAUGUGCAUCUCAAGCGCGAGCGUUGGCCCGGGAUAAAGUCACUCUACAGGUAAUAAUCACUGUUCUCCCCAUACUGCUCUGA